AGUCUUAACGCUGACAGUAGCUCUGACUGUUUUUUAUCAAUAUUAGGUUAGGCACUAUAAUACAAAUUUAAUAUUCAUGAAGAAAUAGACAUUUAAAUACAAUGGCUGCCCAAAAAAUAGCAGUGGUAUUUGUUAUUUUAACAGUGUAUUUGGCGGAUAUCAGUUUAGCAGACUUUUCAACAGAAGAUUGUGCUUCCCUUGGUUUCAUAAAAGCAAAUCUACUAUGCUCAUCGUGCGAUCAAUUAAAAGAUUUCAGCUUAGAUCAGUUAGUAGAACAUUGCAAGCAAUGCUGUCAUAACGAUGAUUCAACACCGAAUGAAAAGAAAUAUGCACGCGCUAUUCUAGAGGUUUGCACUUGCAAAUUCCCAGCUUAUCCACAAAUUCAAGCAUUCGUUAAAAGUGACAGACCUGCUAAAUUUCCGAAUUUGCAAAUUAAAUAUUUACGUGGCUUAGACCCAAUAAUUAAGCUUCUUGACAAAGAUGGUAUAGUCAGAGAAACAGUGGCAAUUGAAAAAUGGAAUACAGAUUCAGUUGAAGAAUUUUUAAACACACACCUUAUAAAGGAAGAAGAUGAAGACCGUGGAUUUUUAAAAACUAAUCUUAUUUAAUAAAUAAUUUUUAUAAAAUAAAUAAUUUUGAUAAUAAUAAUGAACUGUUAUAUUAAUUGUCGAAAGUGUGAUUUUGUUCUUAUUAUUCUAAUCUUAAUAUUUCAAAUUAUAGCAUAAGCAUCUGUUAUAAAAAAAGGUUUAGAUAAUACUAACAUGUACACAUAAAAUACUUACGAGAGAUCUGUGGCAGUCAGCACAUGAAAAGCAUCGUCUGUGCCAUGUGCCAUUCUUUGAAUUCAUUUUUUCAGCAGCAUAUAC